CAAAUUACAUCACAGUCGCGCCUACGGACGCACACGAAAAUUGACGCACCCGUCUGCUAAAUAAUAAACAAACCUAUAGAACAUUUUCCCAGCUAACCUUCAUAGAGAUAAUUAGAUGCUACAAUGCUUCCUUUCAAGAGAACUUUUGAGAGCGAAAAGCAGCAGCUGCAGGAGCUCAACAGCAGGCUUGCCCAGUAUCUAUCCAGAACGAAGCAGCUGGAGCAAGAAAAUGCGUGUCUUAUUGCUGAAAUAAAUAAAUUCAGACAAGUGAGGACUGCUGGAUGGGAAACUAAGUAUAACGCUGAGAUGCAGGACCUGCGCAGAAUGGUGGGGCAGCUGUCGUUUGAAAAGUCCCAGGCUGAGAUGGAGAGGGAGAAGCUAUGGCGGGAGUUGCAGAUGGUCCAGUGUCUGUGCAGCGAACAGACUGAGGUGUGCCGGGACGUCAGCGGCGAACUAAAAAACUGCGAGAAGGAGCUCCAACAUGCUCACAAAACCAACAGUGAACUCCACCAGCGGCUGCUGCAACUAGAGAAUGAGUAUAAAUGUUUAGAGGAUGCACACAGGCAGGAGAUGGACCGUCUCUGCCGUCAGGUGGACUCCCGAGUGGUACCUAUCAUCACUCAAACUUAUCGUGGGCCUCCGGUGGUCUCCGUGGAAGAGGUGCAGGAGUAUGCCCGCGGUAUGUCCGAAGGCUGGAUUCAGACCUUUGAAAUGUACCAGAAGACGGUAGAAGACAUGGAGCAGUCGAUUAAAGCGGACCAGACAAUGCUGAACGACCUGCAGAGGGAAAAGGUGCUGUAUGCGUCCGAGCUGGACAAAUUACGCGCAGAGGCAGAAAAACAAGGGCAGAUUCAAAUGCGUCUUGAAGAGCAACUGAUGCACAUGCAGGAACAAUUCCGCGUGGACUUCAGUCAGUCUCAGAUGACCAUUGAGCAGCUGGAGCAUGAGAGGAAUAUGAUGGCUGACGUUAUAGCACAAAAGAUGAGAGAGCAUCAGCAGCUUCUCCAGGUGAAGAUGGAUCUGGGCAUGGAGGUGGCUGCUUACAGGGCUCUUCUGGAAGGUGAGAAAAUGGAUCUGCAAGAUGCUCAUAGGAGAGUGAAUCAACAUCAAAGAGAACGAAUUAUAGAUAUCAAGAUGCCUGCCCAACGGUACGCUCCAAGAGCUUCCACCUUAAACACCAAACAGCACAUGGGUAUCAGGUAUAUGCCACCAACCUCAAACCUGAGAAGAUCCCCCAUGCCUUCCUCUGGGUCCAUAAGUCCCUCUAGGGUCAUUCCUAUUUCAGUUGCAGGAAGAACUCGCCAUCAGAGUCCGGCAUCCAGAAGGGAUAUGAUCUCAUUUAACAAAGCUCGGGCAGCUGCUUCUACCCCUUCUACUACUACCACCACCACUACCAAAGAUAAGCGAGCAGCCCAGAGUGAAAACCAAAUCAGUCAGAGUGCACCAAAAAGAAUGACAGAGGAGAAAACUGUAAAACUCAUUUGGCUCCCUCAAGUAGAGGGCCAGAUGAGUUCUGACAAGUCUUCUACUCCUGAGACGAAAUUAACAAGACUGGUGUCAAAACCAGUGAUGAGCCUUGCCACAGAAACUGAGACAGAAAGCAAAAAGUAUGUGUCAGAUGAAAAAGACAUCGGUGAUGAUGGUGAGCUUGAAGAAAUGGGAAGAACAGCGUCUACAAUGGGCCCAACUGGGAAAAAGAUAUUAGACUCUGUGUCUGUAGAAGACAUCAUUGAGAAAGUGAUAAAACCAGCAGGUUUAGACGCAAAGGUCUGCUCAUCAGGAGAGUCAAAGGUCAGAUAUCAUGUGGAGAAAACUGAGCAGGACGAUGGCACGACUAAAACACAGAUUGUGCUGGAGUCCAAAGUAGAGGAAGAGCUGGAUUUUUCUCAGGACUCUGCUCUGGAAGAACUACUGAAACAAGGUGUGAAGAAAGUGUCACUGGAGGACAUCAAGGAUACAGCAACAGGAAGUAUGGUCAAGAAUCUGCUUAGUGGCUUGCAGGGAGGAGAGGACCUACAAAGGAAGUCAGUCAAUGUGGAAAUCAUUGAGGAACCAGUGGAGACUUACAGUGAUGAAGAAUUUGAGGCUGAACAGAGGUCCAGAUCUACUUUUCAUGAGCCUUCAGCAUAUUUCCAAGUUGAGGAGCCAGAAAAUGUCCCUCAUAGCACUCAAGAUCAGAGGAGCGAUGAUAAUGCCACAAAAUUUGGCACAGAUGAGUCAAAGUUUGGAUCUCUACAAGUCCAAGAGGUCUCUAGAGAGAGUGAGUCUCCACAUUUCUCCCAAGAUCAAGAGUCUCAUGAGUAUUUUGUCUCUACACCAGAUGACAACCUUUCUGAAUCAGAGGAGGGUGGUGGGAUAACUUCAUAUGGCCAUUAUGGAAUUGUAGAUGACCUGUCGGAUGAGAGGUAUUAUCAAGAUGAAAGCCUUCCCCAGAAAAAAGUGACUGUAAAAGAAAGUGAUGAAUAUGAGUUCAUGUCAGGUGACCGCUUGUUUGCCAAAGAGAGUUUUCCAGAGUGCAUAAUAGAAGAAGAGGUUCGUGUCUCACCUAUAGUGCAAGAGUCAGUUCUUGAAUACCUGAGAGAAGACUCUUUAGAGCCCAAAGAGCAGCUGAAGGGAGCUCUUGAGAAGCUACAAAGUUCAGUGUCAGGCCCACUGAAGGAGGAGUUGGCUUUCCUCACUAAAGUGAGUAGUGAAAGUCCAGAGAAUGUUGCCAUCGAUGUCAAAAAAGUGCAGCAGUCCAGUGACAACGGAACCAUGACUAUAGUUGCAGAGCUAAAUGUCUCUCAAACCCUGGAAGACUCUGGUCUGCUGGAAGGAGAUGAUCUGUCUGAAGAUCAGAUAAUGGCAGCCCUAAAAUCUUCCAACAUAGGGAUUGGGAAAGUGUUCCACAGCGGUGCAGAAGGAGGGUACAGCAUUACAGUUUCCAGAGAAAAUGAUGUUGCUCAUAGUGCAGAUUAUGGAGACUUCAGUAGCACAGGAGAAUCUUCUUCUGAAAUCACUGAGAAACAUGUUAAACUGGGGCCAUCAGAGAAGUCAUUUACCCUCCAGAUGGAUGUACACGGCAGCCAAUCUGAGGCUACCUCAGACCAAGAGCUGCAGUCUCAAAUCGUGGAGACCCCAGUGAAGAUUUCACAUGAGAAAAGAAUCGCAACGGUUUACCUUGAAAGCCCCACUGAUGACUGAGAAAGAACUGAAUCAUAUUUUUCUUUUUCAAAUUUAAUAACUGCUGAUGCAUUAUGGUAUGUUUAGGUAAACAUACAGAGCUUAUACUAACAGUGAUUGCAGACACUGUACUUAUGCCAUCUUUCCAGCAAACUAAUAUACAAUUUUACAGUGCUUAGAGAGGCUUACCUAAAACAGAGUACUAUUGGAACAAAGUAUAGUUAUUUAGUUCAUAGUAUCAGAUUUUCAUAUAUUAUUUUUUCUUUUUGGUAUUGACUGCAGCAUAGACAUCAUUCAUUACUACCUACUGUGGGCUAGACUGUGUUAGGUUUGAAACAUCUACAUAUUGUAGCCAUAUUUAAAUGGUAGGCAAUAUGUUCAGCUUUUCAUGAGGUGCUUUUUGGAUAUCCUUGAUUAUUCUCUUUAUAGUGCUUUAUUUUAUACUAACCUAUACUUUACAGCUUAAACAGCUAAUUCUACAGUUUACAGCGCAUAAUCCACCCAUCCAUCAUGUCAUGGCUGUACUUGCCAUGUUAAGUCUUCUUGCUUUUGGAGUUACAAGGUGCUGCGUACUGUUUGCAGAGUAGGGCUUUAAUUUUUCAUGUGUCUUGAGCACCUCUACAAAAUGGAAUGAUGUUAGUACAUAGAUGCUGGAACACAGUGGUUCAUAUUAAGAAGUCAUCGCUAACAUGUACAGAAGACCGUUAACCUUGUAGCUGAGGAUAAUAUAGUGGGGGGUUUAAAAAAAAAAGAUGCUUUUGCUUUGGAAUUUGUCUUAACAGAGUUAAAUAUGUGUAAAACUUAAAUGGUUGUUAAAGGCGUAACAAAGUUUGGUAUUUCUGAAUUAUUUAACCUUACAACUUAUGGCACAUUACAUAUUUUGAUUGAUGUUUCAAAAAAAAAAAAAA